AAAGCGACAUAAUAUACCUCACACUUACUUUGCAUCGGCUAUUCAUAGCCGAUGUGUAUCUGAAAUAAGUAUAGUAGUUUCUUAAACGUUUGUUGGAAUUUAUUUGUUUAAAAUUUAAAUCAUUUAAUGUUUAAGUGUCUCACGAAAUUACAUAUCAUGUUAUUAUGAUAUCACAUAUCAGAGACAGGUGCAGUAGAGUGCUGGACGUUUGUUGGAAUUUAUCUGUUCUAGGUCUAAAUCGUUUAACGAUUUAGCUUCUUACUAAAUAUGGCAGAAGAGCAAAAUUGGAAUUUAGAUAAUGAAUUAUUUAAAAUGAUGUCACAUGAAAACAACAAUCUCUCAGACUACAAAGUGGUUCAUCAUAAGAAAAUACUUAAAAAUUAUCAAAAAACCAUAGAAAACAAAAAAUUGGAGCGCAAUGAAGUUAUAUUUCUACAAUGCUAUAACUUUAUAUUUUAUAAUAAUCAAAUAAAGAAAUUGAUGGAUAAACUUUUAAGUAUAAAUUUAGAGCAAGAUAAAUUGCGAGCAAACGGUGGGAGUUCUAGUGAUGUAAAGUACACGACAUUGGAAAAUGUCAAAGUCCACAUAAAUGUUGAUCUCUACUUUUAUCGGAAGUUAUUACAAAAUUUUGGUUUUGCAACUUUUGCAAAUAAAAUUGGUGGUCUCGAUGCAGUUGGUCUUAUAGCUCGAAGUGCCGCAACGAACGGUUAUACUUUUGGCAAUCAAAAUUUUACUUUAGACCCAACCUUAUAUGCAACUCUUAAGAUACAUGCUGUAACAGAUAAUGAAACUCAGAACAUAAAAGAUGGAGAAACUGCAACCGAUACGAAAAAGAACGCAUACAUUUAUGAACGUUCUUUCGGUGGUAGUACAAGAUUACCAGAAAUUGUUCUAUUUACAAGUGAUCAAAACUUUGGUGGGAACGGUGUUCCAAGGGAUGUUCAUAACUUGACUAAAGAAUUCUCUACAGGCAGCAGUAACAAUAUGUAUACGUAUGGUGGACAUGCUGUUAUGGAAAAUGUCGCUGGAAGAGCAAAUAUUCCAUUUGCUACAUUUAAACAAGGCCAAAACUGUGGAUUAAAUACCGUUAAAAUAAAUAAUUUUGAUACAUCUGCUUCAUCAGCAAGCAUAGCAAAAAAAGAAUAUAUCUUUGAUAAUCCUGUCAAAAUACCUAGAAGUAUUAAUAAUUCAAAAUUUAUUCCUAACGGUGUAAACAGCAGACGCAAUUUACGAUUUUCCGAUAAUUCUAAAAAUUCAUCUGAAAAUAUUUUUGAUCAUUUAAAUAAUAUUGCAAAUAGUUUUGUUACACCUAAGAAUUCCACAAGCAAAAUAAGCAGCAUUAAUGUCUCCAAUAACUCUAUGAACUUACCUCCCAAAAUUUCUGAUUCGAAUAAUUUUCCUCUUUCUACUUUUGGCACUCCUCCUUCUCUUUCUUCCUCUGAUAAUUCUAUUAAUAUAUAUAAAACUUAUUUGAACAAUUUAAAUGAUAUUACGAAUAGUCUUACUAAUGCUGAAGCUUCUAAAAACAGUACGUGCGAUAUGUAUCCUUUUGAUAAUUCCAUUAAUCAAACUUUACGUAUAUCUAACAAUACUGCAAAUAGUGUUGUCCCUUUUGGUCUUGAUUUUCUUUCAGUUGCUCCCUCUCUUCCUACUUCUUAUUCACCUACUACAGGCAGCACAAGAGAUAGAUUUGUUUAUGAUAGUUCUAUCGUUAGAACUCAACGUAUUUUGUUUGAUUUAAAUAAGAUUGCAAAUAGAUAUAUUACGACGCCUCCUUCUACUAUUGGCUUAAGCAAUAUACAUGAUACUUCUACAAAUGCACCAAAAACUAUUUUUAGUGCAAAUAAUCUUUCGAACACUUCUGUUUCUUUUGCUGUUCCCUCUCUUCCUUCUAUCAGUUCUAUACCACUUUCUUCUUUUUCUGCAUCUUCUCAUUCUCCUGCUCCUGCUAUUUCUGCAAGCCACUCAAACAACAUGCAUGUACAGGAUAGUUCUCUCCAUGUUCCUCCAAGUUCCUCUAAUUCAAAUAAAGUUUCAAACACUUUUACCUCCUCUGCUUCUUCACUUUGUGUCACCUCUUCAUCUCCUUCUGCUUCUUCUUCCCAUGUUUUUUCUGUAAGCGGCUCAAGUAACGUGUAUGUUGCUGAUAGUCGAAUCAAUGAUUCUCAAAGUAUUUUGAAUUCAAAUAAUGCUUCAAACAAUGUCAUUUCAAGCCACUCAAACGAAAUGUUUGUAAUUGACAAUGCUAUCAGUAAUUAUCAUCAAAGUUUUUUGAAUACAAAUAAAGUUUCGAAUAAUGUCACUGCUCGGGCUUCUUUUUCUCCUUAUGUCUCUUUUGGAAGUGAUUUAAAUGAAAUGCCUGUAACUGAUAAUCUUAUCAAUGAGUCUCAAAGUAUUUUGAACUCAAAUAAUAAUUCGGAAAAUUUCAUUCCUUCUAAUACUCCUUAUUCUUCUGGUACUUCUAUCUCUGCGCCUGCUCCUUCUACAAGCUGCUCAAGCAAUAACAGUCUUGUCAAUGUAUCUCAAAGUAAUUGUUCUUCAAAUAAUUUAAACAAUAUUACUUCUGCUCAUUCUACUUCUAUACUGCCUUCCCGCUCUACAACAAGUAGAACAAACAAACGGUUCUAUAACAGUGCUACAAAUGUACCUCAAACUAUUUCUAAUCAUUUAAAUAAUAUUGCAAAUAGUUUUAUUCCUCCUGCUGUUUAUGUCCCUUAUUCACGUUCUAUUUCUUCGUCAAGCUUUAGGAAUAAUAUGCAUUCUUUCAAUGUACCACAAGGUAUUAACAAUAAUUUAAAUAAUAUUUCAAACAGAUUUGUUCCUCCACUUCAUCUUGCAAGAAACAGCAGCUAUAUGCAUUUCUAUAUUAAUUAUGCUAAUUUUUAUCAAAACAUAUUGAACAAUGAUAUUGCAAAUAGACUGGCUGCUUCUGCAAGCGGAAGACGUAAUAGACAAUUCUGUGAUAAUUCUAUUUAUGUAGCUAAUAAUAACGGAAGCAGAUCGUCUUCAUCUGCUUCUUCUACACGUAACAGGCACUAUACGCGUGCUUAUAAUAAUCGUUCACAUGCUAGGAAUACUUCAGGAAGAUCAAACAUUCCAUUUAAUAUUUAUCAUAAUUACGGAUAUUAUGGUCGUACAAUACAAAUUGGUGUUUAUCCAUACGUCCGUAUUCCUGGGUGUAAUACCCCAUAUUUCAUUUAUAACAAUGACAUAACUUACGGUAUGAAUCGACACUCUUAUCAAAGAUAUAGACAAAAUGUUAUGCUCGCUUGGACUCAAAGUCACUAUAAUGCUUCGCAAAAUGUGUACGCAUAUAACAUGUCCAAUUGGCAAGCAAACUUUUUACAAAGACCUCCAAUGACCCCUCAACAAUUUGCUUAUUAUGAUUUACACGGUAUUAAUCCGCAGUUACUAUAUAAUUGGCACUUCGGUUAAAUUGGCGCUCAAGAAUAACAUUUAUUAUAAUUAAUAUUUUUUUAUUUGUCGCGGUAUUAUUUUAGUU